GGCGGCGUGAGCCCUUGGCUGCCACUGCGGGCCCCAGGCGAGGGACCACAUAGAGAGCCGCAGAGACGCGGGGUCCACCGCGGGAGGCGACGCUGGGGCCGCAGGGCGGGAGCGCCGCCGGCCGGCGGGACUUCCGCCAGGGACCCGGAAGGGGCCGCGCCGCCGCUGGUGGGAGUUGUAGUCCGGCCGUGGUUGGGGGGGGGCCCGCGGCUCAUGCGCGGUGCACCGAGGCUUGUUUCACAUCUGUAACAACAGGAGGAGGCCCAGCCUCGUGAUGAGGAAUAGCAAAGAGAGAAUUCAGCUCCAGUUCAAAAGCCCACAAAAUCUGAGACUGUCACUGCUCUUGUAAGUUUUCUCUCUGAGCUACCAUAUCCUAUCGGCUGAAAUUUCCGGCAUCCCUGGGGGAGAGGAGGCCAUCAGGGCAGACCUGCUAUGGACCUGAAAGAUUCGUCCCCAGGAUUCCAGCUUUCCCUCCUGGCCAGAAAUGUUCAGCCUGGACUCAUUCAGAAAAGAUCGGGCCCAGCACAGGCAGCGUCAGUGCAAACUUCCCCCACCCCGUCUUCCGCCCAUGUGUGUCAACCCUGCCCCUGGAGGGACCAUUUCUCGAGGCUGAACGUUAACAUUUCCAACAUGGCAGCUUCUAGGGACCUAUUAAAAGAGUUUCCACAGCCCAAAAAUCUUCUCAACAGUGUGAUUGGAAGAGCCCUUGGCAUCUCACAUGCAAAAGACAAAUUGGUCUACGUGCACACAAAUGGACCAAAGAAAAAGAAAGUCACCCUCCACAUAAAGUGGCCCAAGAGUGUGGAGGUAGAAGGCUAUGGCAGCAAGAAGAUCGACGCUGAGAGGCAGGCUGCGGCUGCGGCCUGCCAGCUGUUCAAGGGCUGGGGUCUGCUGGGUCCCCGGAAUGAGCUGUUUGAUGCAGCCAAAUACCGCGUGCUAGCCGAUCGCUUUGGCUCUCCGGCUGACAGCUGGUGGCGCCCAGAACCCACCAUGCCACCUACUUCCUGGCGGCAGCUGAAUCCUGAGAGCAUCCGGCCAGGGGGACCUGGGGGCUUAUCCCGCUCCUUGGGCCGGGAGGAAGAGGAGGAUGAGGAGGAAGAGCUAGAAGAGGGGACCAUUGAUGUCACUGAAUUUCUGUCUAUGGCCCAGCAGGACUCCCACACCCCACUCAGGGAUUCGAGGGGGGGUUCCUUUGAAAUGACAGAUGACGACAGUGCUAUUAGGGCUCUGACCCAGUUUCCGCUUCCCAAGAACCUUCUGGCCAAGGUGAUUCAGAUAGCGACAUCGUCCUCCACAGCCAAGAACCUCAUGCAGUUCCAUACUGUGGGCACCAAGACCAAGCUGUCCACCCUCACCCUACUCUGGCCCUGUCCCAUGACCUUUGUCGCCAAAGGGCGUCGCAAAGCAGAGGCAGAGAAUAAGGCGGCAGCCCUGGCUUGUAAGAAACUGAAGAGCCUGGGCCUGGUGGACCGGAACAACGAGCCGCUCACCCACGCCAUGUAUAACCUGGCCUCCUUGCGCGAGCUGGGUGAGACCCAGCGCCGGCCGUGUACCAUCCAGGUGCCUGAACCCAUCCUCCGCAAGAUAGAGACCUUCCUAAACCACUACCCCAUGGACAGUUCAUGGAUCUCCCCAGAGCUCCGGCUGCAGAGUGAUGACAUCUUGCCCUUGGGCAAGGACUCGGGGCCGCUGGGUGACCCUAUCACAGGCAAGCCCUACAUGCCCCUGUCAGAAACAGAGGAGCUGCGUCUGAGCCAGAGCCUGCUGGAGCUGUGGCGGCGGCGAGGGCCGGUCUGGCAGGAGGCCCCCCAGCUCCCUGUGGACCCUCAUCGGGACACCAUCCUCAGUGCCAUCGAGCAGCACCCGGUGGUGGUCAUCGCCGGGGACACGGGCUGUGGGAAGACCACGCGCAUCCCCCAGCUGCUGCUGGAGCGCUACGUGACCGAGGGCCGAGGUGCUCGCUGCAACGUGAUCAUCACUCAGCCGCGCCGCAUCUCGGCUGUGUCCGUGGCACAGCGGGUCAGCCACGAACUGGGCCCCUCCCUGCGCCGGAACGUGGGCUUCCAGGUGCGGUUGGAAAGCAAGCCUCCAGCCCGAGGUGGGGCUCUGCUGUUCUGUACCGUGGGCAUCCUGCUACGGAAGCUGCAGAGCAACCCCAGCCUGGAGGGCGUGAGCCAUGUAAUCGUGGACGAGGUGCACGAGCGGGACGUGAACACGGACUUCCUGCUGAUUCUGCUCAAGGGCCUGCAGCGGCUCAACCCGGCCCUGCGGCUGGUGCUCAUGAGUGCCACAGGUGAUAACGAGCGCUUCUCCCGCUACUUUGGUGGCUGCCCUGUCAUUAAGGUGCCCGGCUUCAUGUACCCUGUCAAGGAGCACUACCUGGAGGAUAUCCUGGCCAAGCUGGGCAAGCACCAGUACCCACACCGGCAUCGGCACCACGAGUCUGAGGAUGAAUGCGCUCUCGAUUUGGACCUCGUGACUGAUCUGGUUCUGCACAUUGAUGCCCGUGGGGAACCAGGUGGGAUCCUCUGCUUCCUGCCUGGGUGGCAGGAGAUCAAAGGAGUGCAGCAACGCCUCCAGGAGGCCCUGGGCAUGCAUGAGAGCAAGUACCUCAUCCUGCCAGUGCACUCCAACAUCCCCAUGAUGGACCAGAAGGCCAUAUUCCAGCAGCCUCCCGUUGGCGUGCGCAAGAUUGUCUUGGCCACCAACAUUGCUGAGACCUCCAUCACAAUCAAUGACAUUGUGCACGUGGUGGACAGCGGUCUGCACAAGGAGGAACGCUACGACCUGAAGACCAAGGUGGCACCCAUCUCCUGGCCCUGCCCCAGCCCAGAUCUACCCUGGGCCUGUGUGUCUGGAGAAGGCCACACCUGUGGGAUCUCCCUGUCCCUGCUGUGGGGGGCAGUUGAGGAGCUGAGUGAGGUGUCCUGCCUGGAGACCGUGUGGGUGUCACGAGCCAACGUGAUCCAGCGCCGGGGCCGGGCGGGCCGCUGCCAGUCAGGCUUUGCCUACCACCUGUUCCCGCGGAGCCGGCUGGAGAAGAUGGCCCCUUUCCAGGUGCCGGAGAUCCUGCGCACGCCCCUUGAGAACCUGGUGCUGCAAGCCAAGAUCCACAUGCCAGAGAAGACGGCAGUGGAGUUCCUCUCCAAGGCCGUGGACAGUCCAAACAUCAAGGCGGUGGACGAGGCCGUGAUCUUGCUCCAGGAGAUCGGGGUGCUGGACCAGCGGGAGUACCUGACCACUCUGGGGCAGCGCCUGGCCCACAUCUCCACUGACCCACGGCUGGCCAAGGCCAUAGUGUUGGCUGCCAUCUUCCGUUGCCUGCACCCGCUGCUAGUGGUCGUUUCCUGCCUCACCCGGGACCCCUUCAGCAGCAGCCUGCAGAACCGGGCGGAGGUGGACAAGGUGAAGGCACUGUUGAGCCACGACAGUGGCAGCGACCACCUGGCGUUCGUGCGGGCUGUGUCUGGCUGGGAGGAGGUGCUGCGCUGGCAGGACCGCAGCUCUCGUGAGAACUACCUGGAGGAAAACCUGCUCUAUGCGCCCAGCCUGCGCUUCAUCCACGGACUCAUCAAGCAGUUCUCAGAGAACAUUUAUGAGGCUUUCCUGGUGGGGAAGCCCUCGGACUGCACCCUGGCCUCUGCCCAGUGCAACGAGUACAGUGAGGAGGAAGAGCUGGUGAAGGGUGUGCUGAUGGCGGGUCUCUACCCCAACCUCAUCCAGGUGAGGCAGGGCAAGGUGACCCGGCAGGGCAAGUUCAAGCCCAACAGUGUCACGUAUAGGACCAAAUCCGGCAACAUCUUGCUGCACAAGUCGACCAUUAACAGGGAGGCCACACGGCUACGGAGCCGAUGGCUGACGUAUUUCAUGGCUGUUAAGUCCAACGGCAGCGUCUUUGUCCGGGACUCCUCCCAGGUGCACCCACUAGCUGUGCUGCUACUCACCGACGGGGACGUCCACAUCCGUGAUGAUGGGCGCCGGGCCACCAUCUCCCUUAGUGACAGCGACCUGCUGCGGCUGGAGGGCGACUCACGCACUGUGCGGCUGCUGCGGGAGCUGCGCCGGGCCCUGGGCCGCAUGGUGGAGCGGAGCCUGCGCAGCGAGUUGGCUGCACUGCCGCCCUGCGUGCAGGAGGAGCACGGGCAGCUGCUUGCGCUGCUGGCGGAGCUGCUGCGCGGGCCCUGUGGCAGCUUUGAUGUGCGCAAGACAGCUGACGACUAAGCCCCGUCUCCGCUGGGGCCAUGUACAGAGUGCAAAUGUUUAUUUAAAAUAAAGUUCUAUUUAUCCCUUGUGA